ACAGUACAGGUAAAUAGGCUGACAAAUAGAUUGUCUAUCCUAUUCAUUCAUAUUAAAAAUGAUGAAACGUCAUAACUUGAGCUUUAUUCGAACCUCAAAAAAAUAUUCGUGGCAUUCUUACUAAUGGCAUUCAAAUGAUUUAGAAAAGCCUCUAAACUAACGGUAAUAAUGAGGGAGAUUUUGAGGCUAAUUAUAUUUACAAGGAGCAUACAGUAUUAUUAUCAGGCAAAUUAUGAUAACGCACUGUUCACCUAGUCUGCUAUCUUAUCUACAAUGAAUUUCAUGGUGAGUAGUAGAAGUUUUAUUUUGAAUUAGUGCUAGAACCAUGAUGAAAACUUUCAUAAGAAUGAGGAGUGUGUAGACUAUUCAAUGUUUGAAAAUAAUUUAUAAAUCGCUUGGAUCUUCCCCACUUUUAACUCGUUGACAAUAUUUUAGUUUAUGACGGAGAAUGGAAACUUAGGAACUGUUGCUAAUUUGAGACAAUAAAAUGGAAAAAUGGUUGAGAGUUUCAUUGUUGCUGUCAAUUUUUGGAGUUCUGAAGGAAUUCAGACCCACCGAGCCUUUUAUCACAGAAUUCCUGACUAAUCCACCUCUGAAUUUCACAAAAGAAACUGUAACCUAUGAAAUCUACCCUAUUGGAGUCUACAGUAAUAUGCUGGAACUGAUAAUCGUCUUCCUAGUAACCGAUUACUUCAGAUAUCAACCGGUUAUUGUUACUUGUGCCAUAAGUGGAUUAAUUGUGUACUUGAUACUCACUUUUGGGAAAUCGUUAAUAUGGAUGCAGUCAACCCAAAUAUUCUACGGUCUAUUCUUAGCUGGAGAUAUAGCCUACUACUCGUAUAUAUACGCAAAAGUAGACAAGGAGCAUUUUCAAGAAGUGACUAGUCACACUAGAAGCGCCUACCUGAUUGGACGAACCAUAUCCGGAGUGACUAGUCAAGUAUGUGUGACUUUCAACCUGUUGACUUACUACCAGAUGAAUUUUCUGACUAUUGGAGGUCUAUCUCUGGCCGUGCUCUGGUCUCUCUCGCUCCCCAAAGUGGAGCACAGUUUCUACUUCCAUCGCAAGGAGAAAGAAGAAGCAGAAGUGGAAGACAAUCCGACAAUAAUUGGCCACAGUUCCUCGUCAAUAAUUGGCAGAGAUGACGUCACCACAGACGCCAAUAGAUUCUCUGACGUCAUCAAAACUAUGGGCAACGAUAUCAAGUACACGUUAAGCUCACAGAAAAUUAUUUUUCCGUUGAUUUGGUCUGUUGUUGCUACUUCGUGUUACUAUCAGGUACUCUCGUUUGUUCAACUGCUAUGGCAUCAUAUUGCCAAAUCUAAUAGUGAAGACCAAGAUCUAUGGAACGGAGCUGUAGAGACUACAUACACAUUAUUAGGAGCCGUAGGCACUCUGAGCGCCAGCAAAAUCAGACUAAAUUGGGAGAAAUAUGGAAAUCUAAUUUGUGGUAUCAGCAUAUUUGCAAUGGCUGUUAUGCUAUUCCUUAUGUCACAAACCAGGAUUCUAUGGAUAGCCUAUGCUACUCUGAUCACGUUUAACAUAAUCUACCAAGUUACUAUUACUUUUGUCAAGUAAGUACCUUAUAGUUAUCAGUUAAUAUAGUUAUAGUUAAAUAUAGUUAUAG